CACCGCUCCAUCGCUCCAGUCUCCUCCCAUCACCACUGCCGCCGCCGGCGGCACGAAGCCAGGUUGCUUCUCCCAGCAGCUCGCCGUUACCAUUGCCGUCAGCGGCUGCUCCCCCCUUCCACAGCAGAUUAAUCCCCUCUUUUUCGCUUGCCGCUGGCUAGUGCACUCCCUUCAGCCCUAGCUUGGCAGGGGGAAUUCGGAGAAGAAACCAAGCGGCUCUAGAAAUUUCUCGAGCAAGUAAUCAAAAUUUCGGGCCCUUCAUAUCCGUGUCGUUAGUGGACUCGGAUUUCCUUCACCUAUUCUAAUUGGAGGCUUCCAGGAUUGGUGAUCUAUAUAAGUGUAGGCAGGAUACUGCCUUUCGUCUUUGUGCUCCAUCCAAGUUACUGAAGAAAUUCGCCAGGUUUGUCCAAUCAUCAGGUCUCUGCAACUAAGGGAGUUAUUGAAGAAAUUCGCCAGGUUUAUCCAAGCAUCUGAUCUCUGCAACUAAGGGAGUUAUUCAAGAAAUUCGCCUGGUCUGUCCAAAGCAUCUUGUCGUUGCAACUUAGGGACUAAGCCAGGAGCGUGCCUUCCCUCUGUUACUGAAGAGAUUUAUCUGUUUGGCCGAAGUUCCAACUCUUGGCAGAGAGACCCUGAUCCCAUGGAGUUAUGUAGCGUUGCCUCGAUAAUGAGCUUAGGGAGUCUAGCUAUACAGCGCACACAUUUGUGCUCCCUAGUCUUCAGAGUUUUGCCAAAGCUUCUAGGCUUCACUCCCAAUUCACUGAAGAAACUAUGCAAAGAUGUUCAUCCACCACAGAGCGAGACUAUCGUGGGCACAUCGCCAGAUCUGACCCAGGACAUCUUGAUGGAUAUCUUUGCCACCCUUGAAAUCCCUGACCUCAUACGUGCCGGCGCCAUCUGCCCCUCUUGGCACUCUGCAUAUACCAGCCUUCAAAGCCUUGAGCUGUAUAAAUUAUCGCAGACGCCGUGCCUCCUCUAUACUUCUGAAUCUGCUGGUGAUAGCUCUGCUUACCUCUACAGCCUCAGUGAAAAGAGAUCGUAUAGGUUAACUCUUCCGGAUCCACCUAUCCGCACUAGGUGUUUGAUAGGGUCCUCUCAUGGCUGGCUGGUUGCUGUUGAUGAAAGAUCUGAGAUGCAUCUUGUCAAUCCGAUCACAUGUGAACAGAUUGCGCUACCUUCAGUGAUCACCAUCGAGCAGGUGAAGCCCAUCUUCAAUGAUUACGGCUUUCUACAUAAGUAUGAAUUGUCGUGGCACACUGGAAUGCGUGCUGGUUAUAACUCGCCAUCAAUUUUUGAUCUUGACAAGCUGCGGGAUGAACUCCACUAUAAGGCGUUUGUGUUCCCUGAUACAUCCACAGGAACCUACAUGGUGGUGCUCAUCCACAAUCCAAAGCGGCAGCUUUCUUUUGCAAGAGUAGGGGAUAAUAAGUGGACCUGGCUUCCACCUCAUGAUCUCUAUGAGGACUGCACUUACAAGGAUGGCAUGUUGUAUGCAGUGACUGCAACUGGAGAACUUCAUGCUUUUGAUUUUAGUAGUGGACCUGUUGUCACAGUGGAGAUGAUUUUGCAAAUGCGCAAUGUGUAUGACUGUGGGUACAUGUAUGUUGUUCAAGCUCCAUGGGGCGAUCUGCUGCUGAUUUGGAGACUCUGUGAGGAUCAUGAUUUAGAACCAGAACCAGGGGCAUCUGUGUUUUGGAACACCACGAAAUAUAAAAUAUAUGAGUUUGACAUUACAAGAAGUAAACUUAAGGAAAUCGAUUGCUUGCAUGACCAUGUGUUGUUUCUUGGGCAUAAUCAGUCACUCUGUCUCAGUGCUGAAGAAUAUCCGUCUCUCAAGGCAAAUCAUGUCUACUUUACUGAUGAUAAUGUGUUUUGGACAUUGAGAUUGAAGAAUAAUCAUCGUGAUAUGGGAAUUCUCAACUUGGAUGAUAACAGCAAGGAAGAAGUUGUGUCUCAGAUCUUCUCUAACUUCCCUGCUCCUAUUUGGAUUACACCGGAUCUUAGAAAGAUGAACGUGGCUUCACAGGUGGAUUGAAAAAUGGUUGAUGGGUUCAAUACUUCACAGUAGGGUGGUUUGCUAGGUAAUUGUGGAUUUGGGCUUCCGGGAGAAAGUCAUGGACAAACUACUCAAACGGCCACUUGGACUAUGCAUGCAUCAUGGUCGCUUGACCCCAGUUGUACACACUAGGUUUUAGCAGUUGAAUAAAUAGUUUAAGUUUUUCUUUGUUUACCCAUGUUAUAAUCGUGUACUUCACACAGUUUAUUGUUUCAAUGGAAAAUUUGAGAAAUAUGAUUGCUCUGUCUUUGAUGUUC